CACUACACGUCUACCCGUCUAGCAAUUUUUAAACGCACUGGUAUUCUAAAGAGCACGACAAUCAAGUAAAGAAGUAGAGUAUAAACAACAUGGGAAAACACGAAGUAGGCACACCAAAAUAUAUUGCUAAUAAGAUCAAAGCUAAAGGAUUGCAAAAGUUGAGAUGGUACUGUCAAAUGUGUCAAAAACAGUGCCGGGACGAAAAUGGAUUCAAAUGCCAUACAAUGUCAGAAUCGCAUCAUCGCCAGCUGUUGUUAUUCGCUGAAAACGCUCAUCGAUAUAUGGAUCAAUUCUCACGAGAAUUUUCUCAAGGCUAUCUGAAUUUGUUAAAGAGACAAUUCGGUACAAGACGGGUGCCAGCGAAUCGAGUAUACCAGGAAUACAUUUCUGAUAGAGGACAUAUACAUAUGAAUGCAACCCAAUGGCUUACUUUAACAGCAUUUGUCAAAUGGCUUGGACGCACUGGACAGUGUGUUGUGGAUGAAACAGAAAAAGGCUGGUAUAUAACAUAUAUUGAUAGAGAUCCUGAAACACUCGCUGCACAGGAAAAAAAAGCGAAGAAAGAAAAAAUGGAUAAAGAUGAUGAGGAGCGACUGAUGGAUUUUAUUGAAAAGCAAAUAGAGAGAACAAAACAUGAUGUACAAGAAGAGGAGAAUGAGUCCAAAACGCCAUUAAUGCGUUCUGAGAAUGAUGCACCUUUAGUUCUUGAUAUAAAGUUAAAACCAAAACCAAAAUUACUACCUGUACUCAAUAUAAAGCAAGAGAAAAAAAGCGAAGAUUCUAAUAACCAGGAUAUACCAAUUUCCAGCAAAUCACUUGAUGAAAAAGAUAAGAAAUUAAAAAGAUUCAAUGAUGAUGAGAAGACAUGCUCUAUCAAGAAGUUAAAGAGUGACAAUGAUCCCUCUGCGAUUGAAGGUUGGCUUAAAAAAGGUUUAAUAGUUAAGGUAGUCACGAAAAGUCUGAGUGACAAAUAUUACAAAGCUAAAGGUGUUGUUCAAUCAGUUGAAAAUGAUGGCUUUGUCGCUAAAGUGAAACUAAAGACACCCGAAGAAGUUAAUGGACAUAUUAUACGAUUGGAUCAAGAAUACUUGGAAACAAUAAUUCCUGCAAUUGGCAAAGAGAUCCUUAUUCUUUGGGGAAAGCAUAAAGGCAAGGUAGCAAUAGUGAAAAAAUUACAUAUAGAACAUUAUAGUAUAGAUGUUGAACUCAAAAAGGAUAAAAAAAUUAUAGAAAAGCUCCCAUAUGAACAAGUAUGCAAAUAUGUAGAUCAUACUAUAACCGUGAUGGUUAGAGCAAGAGAAAAGAGCAAUAUGGCUGUCCUAGCUGAUUUACUUAGAGACGAUGCAAGCGAGAUGGCCGCUCUCAAGUUUCUCUCUGAUAAUAAUUCGGAUUCGGAUGCAGAAUUAAAAAUAAAUACGGAAUAUGCCAAGAUUUAUAAUAAUUUUCGUCAAAAGGAAGAAUUACAUAAAUUAAAGACAAAAUAUGGAGAGGAUGCAGCUUCAGAUGAAUCCAGUGACAGUAGUUCAUCAGAUGAUGAAAAUAUCCACAAUCCACAAUUUGAUAAAGAAUUUCUUAUAACUUUGGCUUGUUUAAAAAGUGAAGAUCCACGAAUAUAUGAUGAAAAAGUUAAGUUCUUUAGUGAUAUUGUCAAAUCUGGAACAUCAGAAGACACUGAAGCAAAUGAACAAGGAAAGAAGAAAUUAAAGAAAGAGAAAGCUCUUUUUUUACGCGACUAUGAACGCAAGAUUAUAAUGGAAAAAGAUGGACAUUUCAGUAGCAGCGAAGAUGAAGACAAUGCAGAACCAAAGGUUAAAUCCAAAAUGUCCACUUAUGUAGAGGAACAAAAACACUUAAGAGAUAGCUUUAAACAUGUUUUAAAAGACGAAGAUGAAAAUGAAGAUGAAGAUCUCCUAAAAAUAAAACAAAAAACAGACGAUGAAAAGUAUAAGGAAGAGGAAUCAUAUAAGGAAUGGUUGAAAGGUCAACAGGUAAAGAUAGAUCCCAAGGAUGAAGAAGUGCUUAAACCAUUGCGUGAAUUUUGGACAGAUCCUAAUUUAGAUGCAAAUGAAAAAUUCUUAAGAGAUUAUAUUUUAAAUAAUAAAUAUGCAAAUAAAGAAUUCUGUGAUACAGACUUAGAAUAUAAUCAAAUAAUUCACGAUAGUGAUGAAGAUUUGUCAGAAGAUGAAAAAACUAUUGAGAAACAAGAGGAAUUUGAACACAAAUACAAUUUUAGAUUUCAAGAACCUGAUCAAGAAUUUAUCAAAAAGUAUCCACGAACAAUGGAAAAUUCAAUGCGAAAGAAAGAUACACGCAGAGCACAGAAAAGGGCAGAAAUUAGAAAGAGAAAAGAGGAAGAAAAGCAACGAAAAAAGGAAGAACUGAAGCAAUUAAAAGCACUAAAAAGAAAAGAAAUAGAAGAAAAGAUAGCAAAAUUAAAAGAAAUCACAGGAAAUAAUGAUAUGCAUUUUGAUAAUGUUGAUUUUGAUGCUGAUUUCGAUCCAAAUCAACACGACAAAAAGAUGAAAGAACUUUUUAACGACGAAUAUUAUACUGGUGGUCAAGACGAGGAACAAAAGCCAGAAUUCCCGGAAAUCGAUGAUGAAUUGGGUAUUGAGCCUACAUGGGAUAAAUAUGACCCAAUAACAGAUAAAAUUGAUAUGGAAGCUACACUGUAUGAAGAACCUCAUUGUGAAGAUCCAGAUUUUAAUAUGGAUGCUGAUUACGAUGAAUCUCGAGAUUUGCAGUCCGAACUAAUUGAAAAUACGAAAAAAAGAAAACGAAGGAGACGCUCUAAAUUCGCUGAACUUAUUGCAAAGGAGAAACCAAAAUUUGAUCCGAAACAAUAUUCUUCUUACGAAGAGUAUUUUGACCAAUAUUAUUCAUUGGAUUAUGAGGAUAUGAUUGGAGAUUUGCCUUGUAGAUUUAAAUAUAGAAAAGUUGUGCCAAACGAUUAUGGAUUAAGUGUUGAAGAAAUUUUAAUGGCUGAUGAUAAAGAAUUAAACAAAUGGUGUCCUUUAAGAAAAGCUCUUAAAUAUAAAUCAGAAUGUGCAGAAGAGAAUGAUGUUCGAAUGUACAAACAAAAGGCUGCAAAUGAAGCAAAUAAACGAAAAAUCCUUCAAAGUUUGUAUAUCAAUCCAGAAGAAAAAGAUGAAGGAAAAGAUGAAGCUAUCAUCGAGCAAGCUAAUACUAGCAGUAAAAAGCGCAGGCAAAAGAAGAAAAUUAAGACCAAUGGUCCUAAUGUGAAUUUUAUUAAUACCGAAACUGUUUCUAAGACAAAAAUGAAUGUUGCAAAAAAUAAUUUGCAGAAAAAUUCUCAUAAUAGUAAAAAUGAUGAACAGGAUGCACAAAAGAUAAAUGUGGUGAAUAAGAAUGAGAAGCAAAAACGAGAAAACAAAUUAAGAAAUGAUAGUGACAAUUCUAAUCCUAAGAAAAUGAAAAUAGAUAAAGCAGAAAGAAAAGAUUCUCAGACAGAAACGGAUAAUGUUAGUAUUAAUGUAGAAAAUAAUGGAAAAAUAACAUCCUUCUCUGCCGAGAAAUCUACAAUCGCUCGGAAGAAAAACAAGAGUAAGAAUUCUCAAUUGAAUAAAACGAAAACCAAUAAACGCAAACUAGAUAACGAUAAUCCAAUAAUGUUCUUGGAAGAAGAAAGAUUAAAGACGUAUGGAAUAAAUGCUAAGAAAUUUAAAAAUAAGUUGAAAUAUAGCAAUAAAAAAUUUUGAACAUUUUGUAUCUGUGUAUAUAUUUAUAGAUAUGAUUUUAAACAUUUCUAUACAGUAUAUAACACACACGGAAUACAUAUAUAAUAUUUUUCCGCUUUA